AUGAAGUUUCUAGCAGUGCUCUGGACGGUGUGCCUAGUAGGACUUUGUAGCGCAAGUUGUUGUGGAGGGGACGUUACAGAUGGUGACACACUUGAUCUCCUGAAUCCAGAUGAGUCAAAAGUAGAUGUAGGGGAGGAAACGAGCCAUGGAAUAAGGUGGAAAGUCCUUACUCCAAAGGGUAAUGCGAAUUUUAAGUCAUUCACGGAAGGAAGAGUCGAUGUAGGAACUACCACAGAAAAGUUCAAAUAUGCAAAAAUUUCACUAGAUCCACGAGCUCCACUCGUAGAAAUAGCACAUGGAGGUGUGCGUUACAAGUUAAAUCACUAUGAGAAAUCCGGUGGAAAGUGGAAGGAGACCGAUUAUAGUGAGUUUGACAAGAAAGUAAAUGCGAUCAAGAAGAAUGUAGUUAAACCAGAGACAGCUCCUGAAGCUAAGCAGGAACAACAGUCAGCAAAUGCAGAUGGUACUUCUAAUAACCCGGAAGAUUAA